CAGGUUAAUCUUUGGGUAUAAAUACUUUUGCACGAAAGGGUUUGUUGUAUAUCGGUCUCAGUGUUCAUAAUGAGGGCUUCAUUGUUGUUUUUACUCGUCGCUGCGGCGUAUGUCGCCGGCACACCGGUUCUGGAACAGCCGGCUGACUUCCAGUACCCACGAUUCUUCAAGAUGGCGGGAGGAGAUGGGGAGUUGCACGACAUCGACCUCGAGGCCAAACCUGACUUGGAAUUACUGGCCGAAGUUACAAAGAACCCUGCUAACAACCAAUACUUCUUGUAUACCAGGCGUAACUCUAUCAUCUCACAGACUCUGACGAUCAACAAUGCGAACUCCAUUCUCAACUCCAACUUCAACGCUAACAACCCCACUAUCAUCAUUGUCCACGGCUGGCUUAGCAAUAGGAACACUGAACCCAAUCCUACUGUCAGAAGAGCAUACCUCGACAAGUCGGACGUGAACGUCAUUGUAGUUGACUGGAGUAGACUUGCCCUCUCCGACUACGCAACUGCCGCCUUAGGGGUCCCAGCGGUGGGUCGCGGCGUGGGACAGUUCCUUCGCUUCCUUAACCAAGUCACCGGUGCCCGUUUCGACAACAUGCACCUGGUCGGCUUCAGCUUGGGAGCUCAUCUCGUGGGCAACGCUGGUAGAGAGCUCGGCGGUCAGGUUAUUCGUGUUACUGGUCUGGAUCCCGCUGGACCUAUGUGGAAUCUGAACCGCGAACGCCUGGCGCCCACCGAUGGCGGCUACGUCGAGGCCAUCCACACUGACGGCGGCUACACCGUCGGCGGCCUCGGCAUCGGCUCGGCCAUCGCCAACGUCGACUUCUUCCCCAACGGCGGCAUCUCCCAGCCCGGCUGCUACACCAACAUCUGCAACCACAACCGUGCUUGGGAGCUCUUCGCCGCCACCGUCACUUACAACCACCUGGUCGGGCAGCAGUGCACGACGAAUCUUCAGAUCACUUGGAAUACGUGCCGUGGAGCCAGAUUCAAUAUGGGCAACGAUGACUUGAGGAAAACGGGAUCUGGCAUGUACCGCCUAGACACUGGCCGACGAUACCCCUACUAACCGACCUAUUGCUACGAUUAUAUGAU